CUUGCCGGGAGAUCCCGCGUGUCUGCGUGGCUGGGAGGCGUACGGACCCGAAAGAGGACUCGGCGCGGCCACGUGGAGCCGGAGAGCUGCCGGACGCGGGGAGGGAAAACGUCCCCUGGAUCCCCAAAGCAGGGAAGGGGUCGGCGGGAUCCGCUGCAGGAGGGUCGCGCGCCCGGCUUCGUUAAGAAGCGGCGAGGCAGGUCCAAUUUUGGGGGUGCCGGAAAGAAACAGAAGCCCCCCGGGCACGCUUUGAGGACCUCGAGGAAACCAACCGCGCCGGCUCUUCUCUGUGCGCGCGCGCUCGAAAUAGGAUCCGCACGAGCUCCGAAGAGAAUACAAAGUUUGGGCUCCCCGCCGGGCUCCUCCCCUCCGAUUUAAGGGCUCGCCGGCUCGCCGCGCCAGAUCAGGGAGUCGCCCACGAGACGCCCGCGCUGCUGCCGCUGCUGCCAUGGCGGCGGAGAAAGGCGCCCUGAACGGGGCCUUGGUCGGCGUGGCCCCCGGCGGCUCCGGAGGGGAAGAGCCCGGGCUGGGCGCGUCCCGGCUGCGGGGCUGCCUGCGGGCCAACCUGCUGGUGCUGCUGACGGUGGCCGGCGUGGUGGCCGGCGUGGCGGUGGGGCUGGGCGUGCGGCAGAUGCCCGGCGAGCUGAGCCCGGCGCAGGUGCUCUACUUCUCCUUCCCGGGCGAGCUGCUCCUGCGGCUGCUGAAGAUGAUCAUCCUGCCGCUGGUGGUCUGCAGCCUGGUGGCCGGGGCGGCCAGCCUGGACCCGGCGGCGCUGGGGCGGCUGGGCGGCUGGGCCAUGCUCUUCUUCCUGGUGACCACCCUGCUGGCCUCCUCCAUCGGCGUGGCUCUGGCCUUCAUCGUCAAGCCCGGCGACGGCGCCUCGCCCCCCAAGCUGCUGGGGCAGGUCGCGGCGGUGCCCCCCUCCAAAGAAGUGGCCGAUUCCUUCCUGGACCUGAUCAGGAAUAUCUCUCCUCACCUAACCUGGUCUCGCCUUUAUUAUGCGACUACUUACGAGACUGUGCUGAUCAAGAAGAACUUGACUGAUGAGCAGGGUGUCAUUGUUGAAAAUGUCACCAUGAUGAAGGGUCCCCAACGGGCGGAGAGGCUCGAGGGGGAUGAACAUAUUCUGGGCCUUCCGGUGGUCUUCGCUACGCAUCGCCUCUUUGGGAUCGCCUCUGCUGGAAGCUCAGGCCUCGAGGGAGAUCCCCUGGUGAAGUUCUUUCAACUCCCUUCAACGGGGUUUCACCACCAAGUGGUGCUGGUCUCCUGGAUCAUGUGGUACGCCCCCCUGGGUAUCAUGUUCUUGGUUGCUGGCAAGAUCGUGGAGAUGGAGGACGUGGUGUCUCUCUUUACCAGCUUGGGCAAAUACAUCUGCUGCUGCUUCGUGGGUCACGCCAUCCACGGCCUCGUCGUCCUGCCGGUCAUCUACUUCAUCUUCACUCGCAAGAACCCCUACCGGUUUCUUUGGGGCAUCUUUACUGCCCUGGCCACAGCCUUUGGGACUUCCUCCAGCUCCGCCACGCUGCCUCUGAUGAUGAAGUGCGUGGAGGAGAACAACGGCGCGUACUAUCACAUCUGGCCGCUCAUCCCGCCCAUCGGGCUAACCGUCAUCAUGGACGGGCCGCCUCUUCCAGGCGCGCGGGCGGGCCUGUUCUCCAUCGCCCAGCUGAACAACUUCCCCCUCAACUUCAUCCAAGUCAUCACCAUCCUGUGA